AUGAAAACUGCUAAAGAACCACGAUCAAAGCUUUAUUCCAUCGUGGAGGAGAAUUUACCUCAAUUGACUGUUACUUCCGUCGAUAGACGGCUCUGGGCGGAAAGCGCUGGCCAUGAAUAUGUCGAGCAGCUUGCGUUUAGAGAAGACCUUGAGUCUAUCAAGAUCUCUCUUGAAGGAAACUAUUUCGCGACAUGCUGCCUCGCUGCGGCACUCACUUAUAUUGAGACGGAGUUCUCCAAAACUUUUUCUCACCAUUCCCUUCGCAUCAAAUAUGAACCGUCUGAGGGUUCAAUGUUGAUUGAUCUGUCAACGAUCGUCUCGUUAGAAUUGAUCCAAAAUCUUCAGAAUUCUAAAUCUCGGGAUUGCCUUUUCGGAGUACUCAACGAAACUCUUACCCCAAUGGGCUCUAGGCUCCUCCGCAGUAAUGUUCUGCAACCCUCCACAGAACAGGCCAAGCUUCUAGCUAGGUAUAACGCUGUUGAGGAACUUAGCAUGAAGGAGGAAAUGUUUUACUCUGUUCGGCAGGCUCUCAAGUCUUUCGUUGAUUCGGACAAAGUCCUCACCUCUCUAAUUGUAAUUCCGACGAAAGUAACAUUUCAGCAUGCGGAGCAAUCAAUCAAUAACGUCAUCAUGCUCAAAACCUACGUUAACGCGAUUAAACCUAUAUAUCAAGCGUUAUCGCGCGCCCAGAGCACCCUUUUGUUAGCAAUCCGCAAUGCUGGAAUUAACACCCUUCUCGACGUUGCAAGACAGACAUACAAAGAGGCAAAUAACGAUGUUGUUGAGUUGGCUUCGCGAUUAGGAGAUGAAUACGACUUGGCCCUUGACUUGAGGUUCGAAACAGGUCGACAGUAUUAUUUUCGAUUAUCUGUUUCGAUCCUGGACAACAAUCCACUACCCGAUGUUUUCAUUAAUAUCUUCAAGAGGAAAACGUACAUCGAGUUCCAAACUCUGGAUCUUGUUAAGUUGAACCAAAAAAUUACCGAUUCUCACAAUGAGGUAAUCAACAUGAGCGAUCGAACAAUUCAAGAAUUGAUAGAGGACAUCCGAUCACAAAUAGCCGGGCUUUUUCGUGAUUAUGUUCGGCCAGAGCUCACAGAUACCUUAGCAAUCAAAGCUGGUAGGCACCCUAUUCGCGAAAAGAUACAUUCGGACAAGUACGUACCCAAUGAUGCAUACGCCACCCAACAAUCGCGGUUUCAGAUUAUCACCGGCUGCAAUAUGAGCGGCAAAAGCACGUACAUUCGAUCUCUGGCUUUGAUGACUAUCAUGGCCCAGAUCGGCUGUUUUGUUCCUGCGCAGUAUGCGUCGUUCCCAAUAGUGCAUCAGCUUUUCGCACGAGUAUCGACAGACGACAAUGUCGAAGCCAACGUUUCUACAUUUUCCGCCGAGAUGCGUGAAAUGUCUUUCAUUCUUCGCAAUAUAGAACCAAAGAGCAUGGUUAUUAUCGACGAACUCGGUCGCGGUACUAGCACCAAUGACGGUCUCGCCAUUGCUAUCGCGAUCGCCGAAGCGCUUAUCGAAAGCCACGCGCUAGUGUGGUUCACUACCCAUUUCCAUGAUCUAGCCAAGAUCAUGUCAGAGAGGAAUGGUGUUGUCAAUCUGCACCUUGCCGUCGAGAUGUCGCCGUCUACUUCAAAAAUGACAAUGCUUUAUAAAAUCUCGGACGGAUUUGUAAAGGACAAACAUUAUGGUCUCUUCCUCGCGAAACUUCUUCCGUUCCCCCAGCCCAUGCUGCACAAGGCUCAAGCGGUUUCAGAAGCACUGAGUUUGAAAAUCGAAAAUCAACGGAAACAUUCGAAAACCCUCGCCAUUGCGAAACGGAGAAAGCUCAUUCUAGAUCUUAAAGAGCAACUGCUGCAAGCUAGAGAGGGGGCGUUGAAGGGCGAGCCGCUCAGAAUCUGGCUGAAGAAAUUACAGUAUGAAUUCACGUUGCGAAUGGUAGCCCUCGAUGCGGAAGUUGACAGGGCAGAUGAUGAUCUUAUGGAUGUGGAUGAAAGUCGGAGUAUACAACCGUCAGUGUCUUUUGACCUUGAUCCCGAAGCGAUUAUUCCAACAGAAUCUAAGCCCAUGACUAAUGUUACGACCCCAUCUGCCCGACCGUCUCAUUUUUCAUCACAGCUAGAGAAAUCUCCUUCAAUUCCAUGGUCUCCAUCCGUCAUGGAAUGA